AUAAUAUUUACGACCGACGAGUAAUAAUUACCACAUUAAAAGCUUCAUAAGAUCACGUGAUCUUCCACAGAUGUGAGACAAAAGUACCUACAUAACCACAGGGGUCGAGUUUAUAUGUUGAGCGGUUUGACCUUCUCAAGGUGACCGAUAUCGCGGCAAAACUAUUCAGUCAGGUUUCGUUGCUACUCAAGAUUGUAUCGUGCGCUAGGAGAAUAAUACGAAAAUGAGCGUCCAAACAGAUUCGGAUAAGCGUAAGCAAAUUUCAGUUAGAGGUAUUGUAGCUGUUGAGAAUGUUACUGAAGUGAAGAAAGCUUUCAAUCGGCACCUGCAUUACACAUUGGUAAAAGACCGAAAUGUUGCGACCCCGAGAGAUUACUACUUCGCUCUGGCGCAUACCGUCCGGGAUCACCUCGUCUCCCGCUGGAUCCGCACCCAACAGUAUUACUAUGAAAAAGAUCCCAAGCGAGUUUACUACCUUUCCUUGGAGUACUAUAUGGGAAGAUCCCUACAGAAUACUAUGAUCAAUUUGGGCAUCCAAGGCAAUGUGGAUGAGGCACUUUAUCAACUAGGACUUGAUAUUGAAGAACUGGAAGAGUUGGAGGAGGAUGCAGGUCUUGGGAAUGGUGGCCUUGGAAGACUAGCUGCUUGUUUCUUGGAUUCCAUGGCUACACUUGGCCUUGCAGCUUAUGGCUAUGGUAUACGGUAUGAAUAUGGUAUUUUCACCCAAAAAAUUGAAAAUGGAGAACAGCAAGAAGAGCCUGAUGAUUGGCUGAGAUAUGGUAAUCCUUGGGAAAAGGCGCGGCCUGAGUUUAUGCUGCCCGUUAACUUUUAUGGACGCGUUGUAGACACACCUCAAGGCAAAAAAUGGAUCGAUACACAGGUCGUGUUUGCUAUGCCUUACGACAACCCCAUUCCUGGCUACAACAACAAUGUGGUUAACACGUUGAGGCUUUGGUCUGCAAAGAGUCCUAUUGAUUUCAACCUACGGUUCUUCAACUCUGGUGAUUACAUCCAGGCAGUUCUUGAUCGCAAUGUAGCUGAAAAUAUUUCUAGAGUUCUCUAUCCCAACGACAACUUCUUUGAAGGAAAGGAAUUAAGAUUAAGGCAGGAGUACUUUAUGUGCGCGGCCACUCUUCAAGACAUUAUUCGGAGAUACAAAGCAUCUAAAUUCGGAAGUCGGGAAGCAGUCAGGACAACAUUCGACAGCCUUCCUGAUAAAGUUGCAAUUCAGUUGAACGAUACUCACCCAGCUCUUGCGAUUCCUGAGCUUCUGCGAAUUUUGUUGGAUAUUGAAAAGUUGCCAUAUGAGAAGGCAUGGGACCUAGUCGUCAAGUGUUGCGCCUACACUAACCACACCGUUUUACCUGAAGCUCUAGAGAGAUGGCCUUGCUCUAUGUUAGAGAAUUGUCUCCCCAGGCACAUGCAGCUGAUCUACCAUAUUAACUUCCUACAUCUCCAAGAAGUUCAGAAACGCUGGCCUGGUGACGCUGAUCGUAUGCGACGCAUGUCCCUUAUCGAGGAAGAGGGCGAAAAACGUGUUAAUAUGGCAAACCUCUGCGUUGUCGGUUCGCACGCAGUAAAUGGCGUUGCGGCUAUUCAUUCCGAAAUUCUAAAAGCAACCGUUUUCCGCGAUUUCUUUGAAAUGUGGCCAGAUAAAUUCCAGAAUAAAACAAACGGUAUCACGCCACGCCGUUGGCUUCUUCUGUGUAACCCUGCCUUGUCCGAUUUGAUCUGCGACAAGAUUGGCGACGAAUGGACCGUUCAUUUGGAGAUGUUGCAGAAAUUGAAACGAUGGGCUAAGGACCCAGCUUUCCAGCGCUCUGUUAUGAAAGUGAAACAAGAAAAUAAGUUGAGACUCGCCGGACUAAUAGAAAGAGACACAGGAGUAAGGAUUAAUCCCGCUUCCAUGUUUGAUGUUCAAGUGAAGCGUAUUCACGAAUACAAGCGACAGAUUUUGAACAUUCUGCACGUAAUUACCUUGUACAAUCGUAUCAAGCGUGAUCCGAGCGCAGUUAUUACUCCUCGAACUGUAAUGAUUGGAGGAAAAGCUGCUCCUGGCUACUUCAUUGCUAAACAAAUCAUUGCACUGGCAUGCGCCGUUGGUAAUACUGUCAACAAUGACCCAGACGUUGGAGAUAAGCUAAAGCUUAUAUACUUAGAGAACUACCGGGUUACUCUUGCGGAGCGUAUCAUGCCAGCCGCUGAUCUCAGUGAGCAAAUUUCGACCGCUGGGACAGAAGCGUCUGGUACGGGCAACAUGAAAUUCAUGCUUAACGGUGCGCUUACAAUCGGCACCAUGGAUGGAGCUAAUGUCGAAAUGGCCGAAGAAGCGGGUGAACACAACAUGUUCAUCUUCGGGAUGAGAGUUGACGAUGUGGAAGCUUUGAAACAACGCGGGUACAACGCGUACGAGUACUACGAACGAAACCCGGAACUCCGUCAAUGCGUGGAACAGAUCCGCAGUGGAUUCUUCUCCCCGGGCGAGCCGGGCCGCUUUUCGCACGUAGCCGACGUUCUUCUACACCACGACCGGUUCAUGCAUCUCGCCGACUUCGAUGCCUACAUCGAGGCGCAGGAGAAAGUCUCUCAAGUGUAUCAGGAUCAAGCGAAAUGGGCUGAGAUGGUUAUUGAGAAUAUCGCGUCCUCCGGGAAGUUUUCCUCGGAUCGCACCAUCGCCGAGUACGCUCGUCAGAUCUGGGGCGUCGAACCCUCCUGGGAGAAGCUUCCAGCACCGCACGAUACAUAAACAACCAACUCUCAACGGGUUGUUCACGAUUUCAUAUUUUAUUGUCAACUUAAAAAUGGUAUGCGAACUUAUGUUUAUAUCAUGUAAACCGUUAAUGAUUUUUUUAUUAGCAAAUUACUUCAAAUUUGAAACUGAUCAACAUGACAUUACGUCCGUGAAUUUACGUAAAUAUUUCUAUCUUACUUCUUAUACAUAAACAGAUUUUUUAAACACAUGCUCGAAGUAGAUCAUAGUAUGUAGAAAUAAUUUUUUCAUGAUUGAUUACUUGAAUAGAAAACUGAUCAAAAUCUAUAUUGAAGAUUUAUUUCAUUUCAACGUUUGUUACCUCUUUAAGACAAGCUUUUACGAUUAUUUAUCUAAAUUUCCAUAUUUGUCUAAUAUUUUAAAAAGACAUAAAAUAUGUUAAUGGUGGCCGAACACUUGAGAUGUCGCGUUGUUGCAUUCGUACCAAUCUAACUUGUUCUAUGAUGAUUUUUAGUAGCUGAAUGAAUUUUAAGCGACAAAACGUCGCACACGGUUCUAUACACACCCUAGGACCGUAAGCAAACCAUGACUUUUAUAGCUGAAACAACUUUUUGUGCAAUUGCUAUUUUUGUUUUAUUCCAAUGGUUCUAAUUCGAUGCUACCAAAAUAUGUAAACUAAAUUGUAGUGCUGUCUAUCCUUGUCAUAAUGUUCCUUGUAAAAAAAAAAUAGCACACUCUUAUAUUAUAUCUUUGUUUAUUUUACAAAUUUUGUACAACAGAAUUACCACCAAAUGAUAUAGUCAGCCUAAUUAUUAUGUAGGUAAGUAGAGACUUUUAAAAACACCAUAUAUAUUUUUUUUGCUUUAAUAUAAGUUAGCGUAGGUGUAGUACUAACUAAAAUAUAAUCUAACAUUUUCGCGUCCUUUUAAUAAAUAUAUUAAUAGCUUCAAUUUUGUUGGGUGCUUUAAAUAAUAUGCAAUACUUUACACAUUUUUGUUAACAAAUAUUUAUUACAGGGUGUUUUCAAUUCAUUUUGUGACCUUCAGGUUAUGUUUUUUUACUCUACUUAUAUUUUAUUGAAUAUCUAUCUAGUCUUACUAUUUGUAUGUAUGCUUGUAGAUGUUGUUUUCCUUAUCCUAUCCUUAAUUUUUUUUUAAUAUUUCCUUGGUAAUAUCCAAAUAGUGCAAAUAAUAUUAGCUAUAAUUUAUACUAUCAUUUAUUGAUUUUCAUUUUCAAAAUAAAAAACACUAUAAAAAAUGUAUAAGAAAAAAUAUCCACCCUCCGCUUGCGGGGCUUUUGAAUGCCCAAGCAACCGGCGGUCAGGGCUCCAGAGUGAGGAACCUCCUCACAAUACGCGCCGUUUCAAGGACUACUGCCUUCUGUAUCGGACCCUUGAUAUUAGCGAUAUUGUUACAUUAUUGAUUGAUGUGGUUUAUAAAUAAAUAAGUAAAUAGUCAUUUAUCCCUUUAAAUUCAUGGGAGGCUUUAAAAUUUUUAUGUCAGUGUGUGUAGAAAAUUGAGAUUAUAUUUUAUUAGAAGUUGUUUAAUGUAUUAAAUUAUUAUUAUAUUGGAUAUCGAGUAAUUUGGUGUUAGAGUAUUGUAAGCAAUAAGAAAUGCAAUAAAUAUUCUUUUAAAAUAACUACCAGUAUCAUAUAAAUUCAGUUAGCGCCAGAUUAGUUUAAUUUUUGUACUUUAAAGUUGAUUGCAGACCGCCACAAGAUCCGCACGUAUAACAUUUAUAAUCUACUGAAACUGUGAAUUAUUUUCAAAGAUUUUUUUGAUUGCAUCCGAUGCAGGAAACUCUUCCAAGUCUUACUAUAGUCUACGAAUUCUACGAUAAACUAAAAUUGCUAUAUACACUAUACUUUUUGAAUUUGAAUAAAGUCCGUUGUAACUAUGUUGAGCCAGCUAACAGACAGUAUGUUGUUUACUACUUUGUGUAUAAAUACAUUUUUAAUAAAUCAAUUAUUUGACUAUAACGGUACACAAUUCAUUACAAAAACAAACAACUGCAAUGUAUUAAAUAUAAGAUAAAAAAAUUGAAAAUAUUUCUCACAUACGCACUUUGGCGUCAAAAUAGUUAAAUUGUUGUGAUUUGAGCGCAAACUGCCAUAAAGAGUACGACUUAUUAACUAAAGCAUUUAAAUCAUCUACAGAAAAUGUGAAUAAUGCCAGCAGUCAAAGCACUGCGUCGACUCUGACAGGUCUUGUGGUAGUCUACGAUAAACUUAAUCAGUUAACGAUAAAAUUAUUGUAGCUGAAUCCGUCGAGUUUAAGGUUGAGCCAGCUGAAUGUUGUUUAUAUUUCAAUUAAAUUUAUAAAUAAAUUAUUUAUUUUGUUAUAAUAAUAACUAGAAAAAAAAGUCUAUAUAUAAUAUCUAAUUUUAAUGUAUGUGCCAUAUAAGAUGUUCCUCGCGUAUUCGUUUACGUUGCUUUGUAGCAUGUAACUUUAACGUAACUCUGAAAUCACUGUGACACAGUUAAUUCCUCCAUAAAAAGUUGUAUUUAUAAAAUUUACUAAAAAAACAAAAAAAAAAAUUAGAUUGAACUAUAUAGUAUAUAAGUACCCUUUGCGAUUGUUAUUAAUUUCAUCAAAGUUUCAGCGUAAACGAAUAGGUACCUUACAAGAUUAAGAAAAUUUGAUAUUGUUUUCUUUCUACGAACAACCUACUGCCGCAAUCUUGUAUUAACUUUAUAAUAUGCUAUGUAUUAUCUCAUAUAUUUUAUACACAAUUUAAUUAAUGUUAU